UUUAAUGAAAUCAAAUGCUCCCAGCUGUCAAUAUUUUUGUUGUUUUAAUCACACAAGCAGAUUUUAUUCAAUUACAGAUCAUUUUUAAGCAUAUUAUGUAUUUACAAUGAGAGCAGCAUGGCCACAUAGUGAAAUGCAUAGAUCUGAAAGACAACUGUUAUUGUUAAUUAGAGUUAUUUUGGAUAGAUAGAGUAAGAAUUUUCUGUGGGCUAAUCUGCAAAUAAUUUGAUUAUUACAACAAUAAACUCGACAACAUAAUGUUAUUUGUCUCACUCUAAGUUUCAGUGAUUGAUUUUCAUUUUGUCUCAUUUGAUUAAAGAGUGUGUAUUUGUAAUAUAGAACAGGUCAACUUAACCAAAUAUUUUAAAAUAUUUAGCCUUUAUAUUACAAUAUAAAAUGUCAUACUAGACGUUAUUUACAUACAUCACACUACAAUAUUUUCCAUUGAUUACAAUAUAUAUAGAUACAAGUAAUAACAGCAUUCCCUACUAUUUUUUUCACACAUACUCUUAUACACCAUAAAAUUAUUUCCAUUAACUAGUACUUUAGAAGUUUCUAGAAUGUCCUUUCACUCAUACAGUCAUGUAGACUCUUAGGAGUAUGCUUUACCAAUUGUACACCUGAGUAGUGAGGAUCUUUUGAACAGUUCACAGUCUAUGUGGUAUACUUCUCAGCUGGCCUUUAUUACUUGUAUCAUGUGAAUGAACAUCUGCAUUUUUUCUAGUAAUCUACCAUCUUCCACUAAUUAUAUAAUUGUUCUGUAUAUGUACAUAGAUGCAAAAGUCAACAUUUUUAGAUUACAGAAAGCAGUUCUGCAUGAGUUUAUUCAUUUUUUAUUCCAAAUGGACCUAAUGGCCUGUUUUUGCAAAUCAACCAUUUUUUUGUAUUAUUGCUACUGGAGUUUCCCCAAACAGUAAUUCCGUACUGCAAGUAUGGUUCAAAUAAAGCAGGUUACACAGGACAUAGAAGUUUUUUGUUAACAUAAUGUGUAAGCUGUUACAUAAUAAAUAUUACAGUGCUUACUUUACAACAGACAUUGCCUAUAUCUUGUCUCCAUUGGAGCUUUUUGUAAACUGUAAUUCACAAAAAUUUUAUAGCGGUAACUUCUUCCAACCUUGUUUAAUCUAUUUAUAUAUGUGUGCGAUAUUCCUUUUCUUCCUAUUUUUCCCUAUUUGUGAAUCAUGAACAUUACUUUUUUUAGAUCUGUAAGGAAGUCACUGUGUAUGAGUCACCAUACUGCAUUAUUUGUCAACAUAAACCCAUUUCUUUCCAGUGUUUCUAGAUUUUCUUCUACACUCACUAAUGUCAUGUCAUAACUUAUCUUUCUCACUUUCUUUUAUAUUAAAAUAUCCAUGAGUGUACUGCCGGCAGUACACCUGUGGAUAUUUUGAUUAUCAAAUACGCCGGGAGAAACUCAAGAAUCACUUCUUCUAUAUUGAUUAUAAACAGGUUGAAUAGAAAUGGGCCAAGCACAGAUCCCUGAUGACAGAUCUGUAUUCAUAUUCUGUUAUCACAUACUACUUUUUGUUACUGACACAUUUUAUCCACUGCACUGCAUGCCUAUGUACACUAUACCUAUCACGUUUUUCAUUUGGUGCUGCACGGCUUUUAACUAUGUUGUGCUGGAAUCAGAAUCCUAUGUUUCUUGAGAAAUGUUGACAUCCUACUAUACAUGACCAUCUCUGAAAAAUUAGAGAUUAAAGAUAUUAGUCUGUAGUUAUCAGGUCAUCUUUGUAACCUUUCUUGUAUGUUGGUUCUACUUUGCUUAUUUUUAAUUUCUCGCAAAUCAUCCUCCUUUGAAAGAGCAAUUUGCUGUAUCCAAAAGAGGUUCAAUUAUUUCUUCAUUUGCAAACUUCAUUAGAUAUUUUUUAUAUUUAAUCAUCUCCUACAGAUGUCUUUGGUUUUAAUUUCUGAAUUGAGGAACACUGAUUGGGAUGGUUGCCCAAGUAUUAUGCUUUGAUCCCUGAUGAUUUCUUUCCCCCUUCAAAUUUUGCACAACACACACCAAAUUGUUGUUGAAUAUAUUAGCAAUUUUUGUUCCAUAUGUAACUGUAUUAUUCUCAAUUCUCAUUGACUUAAUAAAAUUUUGGUUAUUUACACUAUUUAACUGCAUAUUUGAGUGCUGAUUAUGUCCCAUACUGUUUUACUUUUAUGACUUGAAUUCACUAUGACUCUGCUAUUGGACUGGCUUUUGCUUUUCUUAUUGAUUUCUUGUACUUCGUCUAAUGUUACUCAUAUAUCUCCAUGUUUCCUGUUCAUCUGCAUUCCUUUUCUCUGGUCCUGAGUCCAAUCAUUUCUUUGGUAAUUCAUAACCUACUAUGACAUUUCUUUUUCUGACAGCUCGUUUUGGGGAAGACUGCAGAAAUGAUGGAGUAGUGUGUUUUAAAAUGCUUCAUAUUUCUCUUUUGUGCUUUGUGCUUGCUUUGUUCCAGUGCAAUGUUCAUUCCUCAGUGUUAUUUUUAAAAUGUUUUGUGGAAUGAUAAUCCUGACACCUCCAUUGUCUUGUUCUGUUUAUGUUUUUGAGCCCCGCUUUUGUAGAUACAAAACAUUCAACUGUGAUGAUCAGAGUUUGCUGUUUGCAGAACUUAUGUAUUAGACAUGCAUUUAAAACAAUUUUUAAUGUAGCCAGAACUGACUUCAUAUUUAUUUCAGGUGUAAGGUCAGAGAGAAAUCAUGGAAUAGUUGAAGCUAACAGGAUUAUUGGUGGAAACACUGCAAAUAUAGAAGAUUUUCCCUAUCAGCUUUCUCUUGAAAUUUCUGGUGCUCAAAUCUGUGGUGCUGCCAUACUGAGUGACAUAUGGGUCAUUACUGCAGCUCACUGUGUUGCAAGGUGCAGAGUGCUUCAAUGUAAAGAAGGAGCUUCACAGGAACGCAAUGCUGCCAUGUCCUUUUUGGGUCUUAUAAUGAACAACCCAAUUUUUGGACUUAUAAAAAGUAGAUCAGGACCUGAUCUUAUACUGAGAGCUGGAACUUCAUUGAGGGGUGAUGGUGGUUCCACACAUCAUCCACAGAUGGUUAUCACUCAUCGAGGCUACUCUCCUGUUACACAAGACAAUGAUAUUGCUCUCAUAAAGGUGGAUCCCCCAUUUAACCUGAGCACAACAGUCCAACCAGCACAUCUUCCAGUCAGUGGAAGAGAACCACCCCAAGGAUCCAGUGCAACUGUUACUGGCUGGGGAGUGACUAGAGAGGGUUCCCGGAGUGGCUCCAAAUUUCUGCAGCAAGCAAAACUGUAUAUACUUCCUAGAAAUGAGUGUUUAAAAACAUAUCCACAGUUCACAAGGACGAUGUUAUGUGCAGGAGAUCGCACUGGAGGACAUGACUCCUGUCAGGGAGAUUCUGGUGGGCCACUGACAGUAAACGGCACCUUGGUUGGACUGGUUUCUUUUGGGCGAGGAUGUGGCAGACCAGGGAUCCCUGGUGUUUAUUCAAAUGUUGCAGCCCUGCGAAACUGGAUUGGCAAAAAUACAGGACUUUAAAACAUUAUACUGCCUUGUUUUUCAGUAAUAUAAUAAUAUUUACACAAUAUCUCAGCUUCUUAUGGUGGUUACUGUAAUUAUGAGGGGAUAAUAGUUUUUACAACAGAUGCUAAAAUGUCUCUAUAAUUUGUUAUCACUUACAUUAGAGAUCCAGUCUUCAUGACUGUCUUUUAAAGAAAAAAAAUUAUAUUUAUAAAAUCUCUAUAUUGUAACCUAUUUGUACAACUGAUAACUUACUUCAGAACUAGCAAAAGGAAAAGAUGGACGACUAUAGUUGUAACCACUGGGGUUGUUGCAGUCUUCACUCCAAAGACUGGUGAGAUGUAUAUAUUCAUUUAUCUUGUGCAAGGUUCUUCACCUUUGUGUAACUAUUACAAAUUACUUCCCUUUCAAUCUGUUUACAGUAGUCAAGCCUUGAUCUUCAUCUAAAAUUUUUGCACCUAUACUUCCCUCCGUAACCAACUGACUAUUCAUUGACGUAUUACGAUGUGCCCUCUCAACUAAUCCCUUCUUUUAGUAAGGUUGUGGCUUGAUACUAUUUCCUCCUGAAUUUGUUUCAGUACCUCUUCAUUAGCUACUCAAUUCAGCUAGCUAAUCUUAUCGUCUUUACCACUUGUCAUCCACAUUUCACUUCUAAAUUCUACAUUCCAGAAAAAUGCUUUCAGAAAAGACUUCCUAACUAUUAAAUUUAUAUUACAUGUUAACAAUUUUCUCUUUUUAAGAAACAAUUUUCUUGCAAGUGCCUCUCUGAAUUUUAUACCCUCUCUACUUCAGCUAUCAUAAGUUAUCUUGCAGUCCAAAUAACAAAACUCUUCAACUUUUAGUCUCUGAUUUCCUAAUCUAAUUUUCCUUAUCAUCAUUUGACUUUAUUUUUCUAGUCUGUCUCCCUUGUUUUACUUUUGUUCGUCUUCAACUCACACUAUCAUUCUGUUCCACUGCCCUUCCAAGUCCUUUUCCAUUUCUGGCAGAAUUACACUGUCAUUUGCAAAUGUUUAACUUUAUAUUUCUUCUACCUGGAGUUUAAUCCUAUACCAAAUUGCUCCUCAUUUCUUUUACUGUUUAUGCAGUGUACAGUCUGAUAAACAUAUGGAAUAGAGUACAACCCUGUCACAGUCCCUUCUCAACAUAUGCCUCCUCAUCAUGUCCUCUGACUCUCAUAACUGCAGUCUAAUUUCUAUAAAAGUUUUAGAUUAUCCUUCACCCUAUAUUUCAGCCCUGUUAACUUCACAAUUUCAAAGACUACAUUAUGUCAACACUGACAAAAGUUUCCCCUAACUCUACAAAUUGUAUAAAUGUACGUUUGCCUCUUCUUAUUAUAUAUUCCAGGAUAAGUUGUAGGAUUAGCAUUGCUUCAUGUUAUCUAACAUUUAUACGAAACCAUUGCCUAAAGUGUUCCAAUGUUUCACCCGAAUCCUAACUGAUCUCCUCUGAGAUCAACUUCUACUAGUUUCCAUUCUUCUAUAAGUGACUUGUGUUAGUAUUUUGAAACUACGACUUUUUUGAUAAUACACCAGUCAGCACCGGCCUACUUUGGAAUUGGGCACAUUAGAAUAUUCUUGAAGUCUCACUCAUAAUUUUGUACACCAGAUGGAACAGUUUUGUCAUGGUUGGCUCUCCCAAGGAUCUCAGCAGCUCAGAGGGAACAUUCCUACUCCAAGUACCUUGUUUCACCUUAGGUCUUUCAGAGCUCUGUCAGAUUCUUCACUCUAUGUGACAUCUCCCAUCUCAUCUUCAUCUACUUCCUCUUCCUUUUCCAUAUCACUAUCUUUCAGUCUGUUUCUUUUGCAUGGCACUUCUAUAUAUUCCUUCCACCUUUCAUCAUUCCCUUUUCUGCUCAGUACUUGAUAACCUCUGAGAUUUUGGUGUUCAUACUGAUGCUUAUCUCUUUUCUAAUGGUUUGUUUGUAUAGCUUUCCACUUAUCCUAUAGGUCAUUUAGCCAUUCCUGCUUAGCUAUUUUGCACUUUCUGUCAGGUUGUUUUAGAUGGGCAUUUCCUUUUGUCAAAUGCAGUUUCUGCAUUUUUUUCCCUUUAAUCGGCUAUUCAAUUUAUCCUUUGUAAUCCAAUGAUGUAUCCCAUUCAUCUUGUAUAGUAUUUCUUUUCCUUGUUCAGCCAAUUGGUACUUAAUGCUCCCUUUGAAACUCUUUACACCCUUGUAGCUUCAAAGUUAUCCAUGUCCAAUUUUCUUAACUUCCUACCUUCCCGUAAUUCCAUCAGUGUUAAUCUGUAACCAAUAACUUACCGCCACAGUCCAUGCCUGCCCCGGAAAUGUUUUGCAGUUUAAAAUCUUGUUUCUAAAACUGUGUCUUAACAUGAUAAAAUCUAACAAACCUUCCCGUAUCUCCAUGUGGCAACCUAUGCCAUCUUAUCUUCUUUAAAGCUGACCACAUUUCCUUAGUGAAGUUGUGAACUGGUGAGGCUCGGGGAGGUAUUGCAGUUCAUCUGCACAUUCAUGGAGCACUAAAUGCGCAUCUAGGAGCCUGAAGUGUGGCAUUGUACCUUGGAAUAUGGUCUUCAUGUUAAGAAACAAUAUAAUUAUCACAGGAUGUGAUCCUGUAAUGCUUAUAAAAGUCUUGGGGUGGUCCAUCCUUGGAGAAUAAUGACAGAACCCACAGAAAUUCAGGGAACUUUGGCCUUUAUCACCUUAGUGCCACUGUGAUGUUUGUCUGGUAGAAGAAGGCAAUAACGGUGUAAGUUUAUAUGUAUAUAUGCAGCACACACAAAGCAGAUCUUAGGUCAGAAAGAGGUGAAGAGAGAUUCAUAGGGGCCUUUUAUUCUUUUCCUGACAAAAAAUUUAUGUUGCGUGGUCUCUGUGCCAAAUGUUGCAUGCUGAUGUGUUCCUAGCUGAUCAGUGAUGUCCACAUUACUAUGAAACUUCUGACUGUGCAACUUAUGGAAUAGUGUGAUUGCAUAACAUGCUGCACUUAUCAGUCAGACAAAUAUGUAAUACACAACAUAUUUCGUUGAAGAGAACCUUGCUUCACUGCAUGGUAUGAAUAACUACUGUUACCUCACAAAGAUGAUGCGCUGCAGAUACAUGUGGUCUUCUGGCCCUUUCUCACCCUGUUGCUUUUCAGCCAGCAUACAUUCCUUAUUCUGCCUUUUUUCCCAGCCCAACUCUACCUUGAUUGGUACUCUACCCCUUGACAUUUCUUCUCCCUUCUCUAUCCACUUGCAGUAUAUCUCCCCCUCCCACCUUCUUUCCCAUUGGAUCUUCUCCACUUCACUCUCUUCUCACUUAAUCACUAGUUUUCCAACACAACUUGACCCUUCCUCUCUCCACCCCACAUCAUUCCAUUCUCCAUUCUCACCUUACUGACUUUUAUUUUAUUCUACUUCACUUUUAAUUUUUUUUCAACUCUUUUUGUUUUAUUUUCUGUUAGUUUCAAUGUUGUACUCGUUUAUCCUUGUUUGCCUAUAAUAUCUUAUCCCACAAAUGACAUUCCCUUCAUCUUCACUUUCAUGUACCCAGCUCUCAUUGCCUAUCUACCCACAUUUUUCUUUCCCACUUGCCUUGAAGAAGAAACAUACAGUUUCACAAGCUUAACGAAUGUAGGAAAAAAGCACUCCGUCUUCAGGCCACGAGUGGCCUACCGGGAUCAUCCGACCACCGUGUCAUCCUCAGAAGAGGAUGCGGAUAGGAGGCGUGUGGGGUCAGCACACCGCUCCCCCGGUCUUUAUGAUGGUAUUUUUGACUGAAGCCGCUACUAUUCAGUCAAGUAGCUCCUCAAUUGGCAUCAAGAGGCUGAGUGCACCCAGAAAAAUGGCAACAGCACAUGGCGGCCUGGAUGGUCACCCAUCCAAGUGCUGACCAUGCCCAACAGCGCUUAACUUCGAUGAUUGCACGGGAACUUCGAUGAUUGCACUGUA